GAUCGGAAGGGAAUUUAGCAAAUUGGAGGUUAGGUAUAGCCAUUCAUAAACGUUCUUAAAUUGUAUAGUCGCAUGUAAAUAAAUUCAUUUCUAGUUUUUGAUUAAAAAAUGUCAUUUGUUCGAUUGUUUUUAAACACAUUUGGAAACGCAAGUCACUCUGGAGUGCAUAGAGUUAUAGCAGCGAGGAGAUUUUCACAAAGUUUGGCUCGUUGCAGUGAAAAGACACAGGAAAAAGAAGUAGAAGGUGAACAUCAAUCAGAAAAUGGUACAGAAGAACAAGAAAAGCUUCAUCCUAUGGUUGACAGAACCAAAGUUAUACCUUUAGAAACUAGUAUUAAAUACCUUCAAAGUGAUGCUUACAAAAUAACUUAUGGAAAUGAUCCAGUAUGGAAAUAUUACAGAAGAAAUCAUAAAGGUCAAUUUGCUCCUAAUAAAACAAGAAAAACUUGCAUAAGAUCAGGUGUUAUUUCUACAAGUAAUCCUUGCCCAAUAUGCAGAGAUGAAUACUUGGUUAUAGAUUACAGAAAUGUAGACUUACUAAAGCAGUUUAUUUCUCCUUACAAUGGUGAAACUAUCAGUUAUGAAAAAACUGGACUUUGUCAGUUCCAACAUAAAAUGCUUCGUGUAGCUAUAUAUAAAGCAAAAGAUUACGGAACUAUAUCUUAUGACGUUCCUUUCAGAAAGUACGACUAUUCAGAGUGGUAUGAUCAAUAUUCUGAAGCUAAAAACAAAGAAUAA